GCUCCGCUCCGGCUCGGCCGCUUCGCUCGGACGGAAGGCAGCGCCGGGAGGAGGAGGAGGAGGAGGAGGAGGAGGAGGGAGGAAGGCCCCCGCCCCCGGCCGCUCUCCGUUUGGGGGCCCAGCGCCAUGGAGGCCGAGACGCGCAGCGUGCAGAUCCAGUUCCCCCACUACGCGGCCGUCCUGCUGGAGUCGCUGAACAAGCACCGGCAGGAGGGCAAGUUCUGCGACAUCUCCAUCCACGUCCAGGGCCGGGUCUUCCAGGCCCACAAGAGCGUCCUGGCUGCCUCCUCGCCCUACUUCCAUGACAAGCUGCUGCUGAACGACACCAACUGCAUCGUGCUGCCCAGCGUCAUUGAGCCCGAGGCCUUCGAGAACCUGCUGCAGCUCAUCUACUCGGGCCGGCUCAAGCUGCUGCUGGAGGCCCUGCCCAGCCACCUGCUCGUGGCCAGCGGCCUGCAGAUGUGGCAGGUGGUGGACCAGUGCUCAGGCAUCCUCAAGGAGCUGGAGGGGGGCCCCUGCCGGCCGCCCUGGUCCAGCCGGGCCAGCGAGAGCCAGUCCCCCAGCAGCAGCAACUACUUCGGGGCCAGGGACGACGGGGAGGUGGCCAGCGGGCCGGAAGGCCGCCGCCACGCGCAGCAUGGCGCCCCCGACGAUGACGAGGUCCUGAAAAUCCGGGUGCCCCACGACGAGGAGGACGAAGAGGAGGACGAGGAGGAGGAGCGGCAGGCCCAGGUCUGCAGCGGCUCCACCGACGGGCCGCUGAAGGUCGUCCUGGACGAGGGAGAGGAGGAGGACGCCCCCGGCAGCUCCAAGGGCUCCAGGGCCCCCGGCUCCGGCUUCGCCUCCUCCCACGAGGCCCCCAAGAUCUUCUACAUCAAGCAGGAGCGCUUCGACUCCGAGGAGGCAGCUGCCUCGGGGUUGGGCGGUGGCCGUUCCGGCUCGUGCCUGUCGGAGCCGGGCUUCCUCAAGUCCCUGGGCCGGCCGCUGGGCCUGGCCGACCUGCCGGGGCUGUGCCAGGCCGAGAUCCAGGAGACGGGCGAGGUCAGCUACAUCCUCCCCAGCGGGGCCUCCUCCUCCUCCUCCACCACCGGGGCGCCAGGCGGCGGCUUCUCGGUGAAGGCCCAGCCGCUCUCCUCGGACUCGGUGGCCUUCCCGGAGAGCUCCUGGAAGCCGGUGGACCUGCACGGCAACGAGAUCAUCGCCCACGCGGUCCACGGGCAGGUGGUCCACGCGCCCGUCAAGCUGAUGUCCGCGCCGGACGGCAAGAAGUUCGGCUGCCUGUGCGGGAAGCGCUUCGCGGUGAAGCCCAAGCGGGACCGGCACAUCAUGCUGACCUUCAGCCUGCGCCCCUUCGGCUGCUCCGUCUGCAACAAGAAGUUCAAGCUGAAGCACCACCUGACGGAGCACAUGAAGACCCACGACGGCAACCUCUACGCCUGCGAGGAUUGUGGCCGCAAGUUCCGUGUCCAGAGCUGCUUCCUCAAGCACAAGGAGCUCUGCAAAGGGCAGGGCUGGGCCACCGCCUGCUGGACAUACAAGUAGGAGCGGGGGUGGCUGCGGACGACCCCCCACCCCCCGGGGGCCCGGACCAAGGCCCAACCGGGGGCCGGAGGGGGCUUCGGGAGCCCAGGCCUCCUGCCCUUUGCCUCUGCCGAACUCCUGGGUCCCCGGCCCUGCGCUGGUGGAGAGAAAGGGGAGCGGCGGCGGCGGCGGCGGCAGGGGCGUGGCUGCCUUGGGCUGUGAUGAGGAGCGCUCCCACCCCACCCCCCCACCCCCCACCCCGGGCGCUUGUGUUGCUUUGGGGAGAAGCGUUCCGCUGGUCACAGGCCGCAGAGCGAGGACAGCUGGCCCUGCCCCAGCCAGGAUGGAAGGCUGCACACAGGUGGGCCGGUGGAGGAAGACGGUGGCGGCCGAGCUGGCCGGGAGCCCCGGCGGCUGCCCCCUUCCUGGGCUGAUGAGCGUGGAGCAGGCCAGGAGCGCAAUAUUGGGCCCACAAGGAGGCCAGUCCAGCUUCGCUGCUGCCCUCGGGUGGGCUUCCUGCAGCUAUGGGCCCCACCCCACCCCGCUGCUGUUCCUGGAGGGCUCCUGCCCCCUCCCGAAUGGCUGCCCAGGACCCUCCCCGAGGGCAGAAGCACAGCCUGGCUGGAGCAAGCCGAGGAGGGGGGCUAUUCCAGCACGUCCCGUUUCCCCCGGUGGCCAAGCAGGUGUCUCUGGGAAGCCACUAGGCAGGACAAUGGGGGGGGGGGGCAGGAGCUGUCCCCAGCUGUGGCCCUCCAAGGAAGUGGGAAAACUUUGGGCUAAUGCUCGUCGAUAGCCGUCUCUCUUCCCUCCAGGGGCUUUGUUCAUUCUGUCGUAACGCCAGAGCAGUCGUGGUGCCAUUGGGUGGGUGGGCAGCAGUGGCCAUCCCUCUCCCCAGCCCCCCCCCCAACCUCCCAGCCCAGCCGCAAGCUGAUUCUGUCCCACAUUGCUUCUGCUCCCGGGCGUGACUUUGGCACGCCGACGGCUCCUUGCUCGGCUGCAGUGAGCCUGCUGGAGUCCAGGAUGCCCGACACAUCACCCCUGACCCACUGCGCCUCGUGCAGUCGGAGAAGAACAGCGUGGAGCGGAGGCUUGGCAGGAGCUUCCCACGGACCACGGAUUCUCCUGGAGCCAGUCGGCCACCUCUGCAGACUUCUAGGGCCCGGUUCUUUCCCGUGUCACGAGCUGUACAGUUCUCCGUGAAGUCCUGCCGUUGCAUAAACCUGCUUCCGAGGGAA